AUGGCGUCGACUGGCAACACUUGCAAGAAGAGAAAGUUCGUGAAGGAUGGUGUCUUCCAGGCGGAGCUGAAUGAGUUCCUGUCCUGCACAUUGUCCGAGGAUGGAUACUCAGGAGUGGAAGUCCGCGUUACUCCCAUCCGCACAGAGAUCAUCAUCCGCGCCACCAGGACGAGGGAAGUGCUCGGUGACAAGGGAAGGCGUAUCCGUGAAUUGACGUCGGUCGUUCAGAAGCGAUUCGGCUUCGCGCCUGACUCUGUAGAGCUCUUCGCCGAGCGCGUGGAGAACCGUGGGCUGUGCGCCAUGGCACAGGCAGAAUCGUUGCGGUAUAAGCUCCUCAAGGGCCUUGCAGUCAGGCGCGCGUGCUAUGGUGUCCUCCGCCACAUCAUGGAGUCCGGAGCAAAAGGUUGUGAAGUUGUUGUUUCCGGUAAACUUCGCGCGCAGCGCGCCAAGAGCAUGAAGUUCAAGGAUGGUUACCUGAUCUCUACGGGAGAGCCGUCGAAGAUGUUCGUCGACCAAGCAAUCCGCUCGGUGCAACUUCGACAGGGCGUUCUUGGCGUUAGAGUCAAGAUCAUGCUGCCGCAUGACCCUGAGGGCAAACGGGGCCCGGCCACGCCGCUGCCGGAUACGAUUAUCGUGAUGGACCCCAAGCCAGAGAUCCCCGUUGUGCAGCCUGAGGAAAUGGACGAAGGAGCGCUCGGUCCAAUGUAA